AUGGUGCAGACCCAGAGACCUCCAGAGGCAGAGAGGCUGACUCUGCGCACAGUGAGGCUGAAGAUGGGCUCUCGUCGCUGGGCUCGCAGCUCUGGGCAGCCCUGGAGCUCUGCUGGGUCUCUGUGGGGCCGGGCAGUGUCGAGACUGCACCUGGACUGGACAUCAAGGUUUUUUCAGGAGGACGAAGAGAUGCUGAUUCUGACCCACAGCGAUGAGUUGAGCCGAACCUAUGGUGAGGACAACAGAUUGCCUUUGGAGAACAUCACAAACAGAAACAACAGCUCUGAGGACACCACGAGAAACAGCACCUUUAUGCAGGAGAGUCCAACUCUUAAAGAAACCAGAGCCACUGUUAUCUCAACCGGACCCAGAACCAUCACCAUAACUUCAGCCGUUUCCACUUCAGACUCCUUUUGGUUUAAAAACUCCAACAUUUAUGGCAAAGGGAAAAUAUCCUCUGAGACCGACAACACUGAGGAGAACAAGACACAAUCCUACAGGAUGUUUAGAGGGAAUAUGCAAAAGCCAAGAAUUUCUGAGCGUGGAGAGGAAGGAGAGGAGACUGUGGAGGGGACUUCUCAGUUUGGUACCAACUUGGAAGAAGAGAUAGCAAAGAUGAGUUUGGGUAAUCCUGUUCAGAGCCCCAACCCCGGCACCAAAGGGCUGAACACCAUCACCACCUGGGAGGCUGGCUGGAACGUCACAAAUGCUAUACAGGGUAUCUUUGUGUUGGGUUUACCCUUCGCUCUGGUCCGCUCGGGUUAUGUUGGUCUGGUUCUGCUGGUUCUGUCGGCCUGGGUCUGUAACCACACCGGGAGGAUCCUGGUGGCCUGUCUGUACGAAGAAGAGCAAAGUGGAGGCUCGGUGUCACAGGUCAGAGUCCGGCGCAGCUACCAGGAUGUUGUGGAGGCCUGCUGCAAAGGACUGUGGCCCCACUGGCCUGUACUGGCAGGCUGGAUGGUUAACGUAGCGCAGGUCAUCGAGCUGUUGAUGACGUGCACGCUGUACCUGGUGGUCUCCAGCAGCCUGCUGUCUGACAGUGUGUCGGGGACGGCUGUUCCUCGGUCAGUGUGCUCUCUGGUGUCUCUGGUGUUCCUGCUGCCCUGCCUGCUGCUCACUGAUCUCAAACCAGUCUCCACCCUCAGCCUGCUGUGCUCCCUGGCUCACAUACUCAUCAGCCUGUUGGUCAUGCUGUACUGUCUGAGUCGAGCCAGCAGCUGGUCCUGGUCCACUCUGUCUCUGUCUGUGGACCCGGAGGACUUCCUCGUCUCUGUGGGCGUCAUCAUCUUCUCCUACACCUCUCAGAUCUUCCUCCCUCCUCUAGAGGGCAGUAUGGAGGACAGAGGGCAGUUUAACACCAUGCUGGGGUGGACUCAUGGUGCCGCCUGCAUCAUGAAAACCCUGUUUUCUUUACUGGCCGUGCUGACCUGGGGGGAAGAGACCAGUGAGGUCAUCACAGACAACCUGCCCUCUGACCUCCGACCUCUCGUCAACCUGUGCCUGCUGGCUAAAGCCCUGCUGUCCUACCCUCUGCCCUUCUACUCUGCUGCUGAAAUACUGCAAACCUGCCUGCUUGGAGAUGUCUCAUCAUACUCCAAACAUGGAGGUCGAGGUGUGUCUGGUCCGGCCCUGUUGGUCCGUGUCGCCUUGCUGAUGACAUCAUACCUGCUGGCCCUGAUGGUCCCCAGGUUCUCGCUGUUGAUGGGUUUGACCGGCAGUGUGACCGGGGCGGCCAUGACGCUCAUCCUGCCCUGCCUGUUUCACCUCAGACUGCAGUGGAGUCGCCUCACUGUGCGGGACCGCCUGAUAGACCUGUGCAUUCUGAGCCUGGGGGUCAUCUGCAGUGUGUCUGGGGUGAUCUGUUCAGUGAAAAGACUAGUGGGAGGACUGUAGGGUGGUGGAUGGAUGGAUGGAUAGAUGGUUAUAUGGAUAAAUGGAUGGAUGAAUGGAUGCAUGCAUGAGUCGUGGAUAAUAAAUCAAUAGAUGGGUCGAUUAAUGGAUUCAUGAAUGGGUAGAUGGAUACAUGAGUAGAUGAAUAGAUUGCUGGAUUAUUGGAUGGACGGAUGGAUGGAUGGAUAUACAGAUGGAUAUACAGAUAUAUGGAUGGAUGGUGGAUGGAUGGUGGAUGAAUAGAUGGAUGGAUGGAUAAAUAGGUUUUGAAGAGAAAGGACAGUUACGCACUCUCCUUGAAACAUUUCUUUCUUUCAAGUGAGUGAUUACACUUUUUGAGUUAUUCAAAGCAUGUUCUUUAGCAAUAUCAUGAUAAAAUCCAUGGGGGAUGACAAAUACACUUAAAAAAUAAAAAUAUGUGUGUCAGCCAAACGUUUCUUUAAGCUUCUUAUAAAUUCCCCUGUCACCACCUGGGAUGUUUGCACCUAUCUAUUAACCAAACCGUACAAUUUGCCAUGCUGACUGGUUUGUAAUAAGUAAACAUUGUCCAUGUUUUAAUAAUUGCAUUGGAGAGCAAAAGAGGAUUGUCACAUAGUUCGUAAUACAAAGUCAAGAAAGAUUUUUGUUUAAGUAGGAAAUUGAGUUUUGAUACAUUAUAUAAUCUAAAUCUAAUUAAACCUUGUAAAGUGCUGAAUGUGUUCCAGUCUUAUGUGUUCCUGUAAUAAAACAAUAAGAUAAUUACAGCCAUUAGUGGAACAGGCUGACCUACCGUACAAUUAACUCUAUUUUUAAGGCUUUUAUGCUUAGACGAACAUGUUUUCUGUGCAUAAUUAUUGUAAAAAAUGCUGUUGCCUGUAUUAUGUGUGAACUUUAUCAUAGUGUGUCUAACAAGCCUUUAAGAGGAAAUAAAUAUAAAAAGGAUCCUCUCCUUUUGGCUGGAGAGGAUUGAGUGAUGUUUGUCUUAUCUCAUGUCUGAAUUUGCUAUUGAUAAAAUAUCUAUGGCGGUA